CUCUUCCUCUAUGAUACUUAGAAUACUUAGAAGCCUACCAAUAAUAGAAAACACUUUCAAAUCUGUUGAAAGUUUAAGCUGUUUUUGCUUGAGUGUUUAGUUUUGUUAGAAGUAUUUCAGUAAUGGAAGAAGAAGUAAAGGAACAGAUGGAAGAAGAUAUAGUUAAACGGUUCGAAGUCCCACCAGGAAAAAUUUUUGUUAAUGAUAGAUGGAAUGACUCGGAACUAUUAUCUCUGCUUUCCCGUCGAGUUCAAGUGCAAGUUAUGGCUUCCAUGGAUUUUAUUGAUUUUUUCCCAUGCAGUGAUUUUGGUGUAGUUUUUGUGACUGAAGGUAAUCUUGUUGCUGGAACUAGGUACAAAAGGAAUCUUGUCAGGCUAAAAAAAGCCGCAUUUGAGAAAAGUGCAGCAAUCAUUGAAAGGACUGAAAUUAGUGAACAACAUUUCAGUUCUGUGCAACAGUUUGCUGUUUUGGAGCUUGGAUUAGGAAUUAUUCCUGUGUCUGGGAUUCAAGAAUGUGCACAUGCUUUAGUUGCAAUAGUUCGAAUGGGUUGUGAAGAUAAAUCAGUUCCUUUUAUGAUGAAAAGACGAGCACCGCCGAUUGAAACUUAUCUCUUGAAAACUUUAUUAACAGUUCCUUCACUUGGGGAAACUAAAGCUCAAGCAUUGCUUUUAAAAUACAAAAGUUUAUAUAACAUAUGUAAUGCUAAAGAAGAAGAGUUGUCAAGAAUCAUUGGUGCAAGUAGUGCCAAACAAGUUUAUAAUUUUUUUCAUAAUUGCUAAAUAACUUAUACGUUUUAGUAAAUGUAUUAUAAAUACUUUCAUAUUUCGUAAGAUAAAUGAAAUGUUCUUCUGAAAAAAAUAGACUUCCAUAUGAUCCUUCAUUUAAAACGUUUUAUACAUUUGAUGUAACAUAUUUAAAAAUAAAUUCUUGAAAUAAUUAUUGUUGCACUUUAAUAAAAAUUUAGGUUACAGGAAAACCAUAUUUCUUCCACGUAGAACAUUUGUGUGGUUAACAAUGAAGUGAAUUCUUAUUAUGUCUUUCUCUCAUGCCCUAAAUAGCAGUAACUGUACAUUUUAGAAAAAAAUAUACAAAAUUAGCUUCCCCGUUGUAUAUUGUACUGUAGCCAUAAGCUUUGAAAAAUUCUUCAAUAACUAGCGACUACAAUGACCUAAA